ACAUUUUAUGUAGGAUGUCUUUAUUUGACCAGAAAAUUAUUAACCAAAGUGAUGGCUGAAGAUGAUGGCUAAAUUUCAUCUAAGAAACAAAAAAGAUGACUUAACUAAAAAAAAGUUAACAUCAGCAAAACAAAUUGGUGACACUCAACAGCAAAAAAAAGUAUAUAAUCAGAUGAAAUGCAAUCAGCAAUCUGCAAAAUACACAAAAGCAUAGCUAUAGCCAUGGUUAAUCCCCAGCAACUCUUCUCCUUCCCAAUGUUCAUUCCCUUGCUCCUCUUCAUCUUCAUGACAUGGAAGAUCCUCAAAAAAUACGCCUCAUCAUCUCCAAAACUACCACCCGGACCGUCCAAACUCCCGCUUAUCGGAAGCAUUCAUCACCUAAUUCACCCCGUACCUCACCACCGUCUCAGAGACCUCUCCGACAAACACGGUCCCAUCAUGCACCUGCAACUCGGCCAAGUCUCCACCGUUAUAAUCUCAUCCCCGGACAUCGCUAAACUGAUCAUGAAAACGCACGACGCCAACUUCGCGGACAGACCGUUUGUUCUUGCUGUAGAGAUAGUAACUUACAACUUCAAAGACAUAGGAGCUGCCCCGUACGGAGAGUACUGGAGAAACCUGCGAAAGCUUUGCACGACCGAGCUUUUAAGUAUGAAGCGGGUGCAAUCAUUCCGAUCAAUCAGGGAAGAAGAAGUAUCGAAAAUGGUUGAGUCUAUCGCUUUAAGUGUGGAUUCGCCUGUGAACUUUAGUAAGAUGGUGACUUACUUAACUUACGGGAUAAUUUCGCGGGCGGCUUUCGGGAAAGUGUGGGAAGGGGAAGAGAUAUUUGUGCCCGUAGUUCAGAAGCUGAUUGAAGCAGCGAGCGGGUUUAAUAUUGCUGAUAUUUACCCUUCUAUGAAGUUUCUUCAUGUGAUGAGUGGUAUAAAGGGCAGAGUAGAGAAGCUUCAUAAGAGAAUAGAUUUGAUAUUUGAUGAUAUUUUGAAUGAACACAAAGCUAAGAAAAUUGGUAAUAAGAUCGAAGGAGAAGAAGAAGAAGAUGUGCAAGAAGAUUUUGUUGAUGUUUUGUUGAAAUUCCAGGGACGAAAUGAUCUUCAGUUUGUUCUUAGUGAUGAGAGUAUCAAAGCAGUUAUUCUGGACAUGUUUAGUGCUGGCAGUGAGACAUCAUCUACAACAGUUGAAUGGGCAAUGGCAGAAAUGAUGAAGAAUCCAAAAGUAUUAAAAAAAGCACAAGAAGAAGUGAGACAAGUAUUAGGUCCAAAUGCAGGGGUUCAAGAACAAAACCUACAACAACUGCCCUAUUUAAAAAUGAUAAUCAAAGAAACUCUAAGAUUACACCCGCCUUUUCCGCUACUUCUUCCAAGAGAAUGCAGAGAGAAUUGUGUAAUUAACGGUUAUGACAUACCCUCGAAAUCAAAAUUGAUGGUGAACGUAUGGGCGAUAGGAAGAGAUCCCAACUACUGGAGCGAUCCUGAAAGCUUCAUUCCCGAAAGAUUUAUUGAUAACGGUAUUGAUUACAAGGGGCACAAUUUUGAGUUCUUGCCAUUCGGUGCUGGAAGAAGAAUGUGUCCUGGAAUAUCAUUCGGCAUAGCGGAUGUUGAGUUUCCGCUUGCAAUGUUGUUGUACCAUUUUGAUUGGAAGCUCCCAAAGGGUCUAAAACCCGAAGAUCUUGACAUGGCGGAAAGUUUUGGAGCUGGUGUGAGAAAGAAAGAUGAUCUCUACUUAAUUCCUACUCCUUAUUUUUCACAAUCCGAAGAUUAAAUUGGAGAAAUGUCUGAGUGUGAUUUAGUUGAUUUAUCAUUUAAUAAGUUUAUAGGCCAAUUCAUGUUAUUGAAUGACUUGUAUGGAUUCGUCAUUGUUGAAUGUGUAGUAUGGUAGGAAGCAUUAUUGUGGCCUCAAGCAGAAGGCUCACUCACAAAAGCAUCUUAUUUAGAUUAAUAUAUAAUUUCAUCUCUGAAUUUUAUAGAA